CCAUCAAUGACCAGUAGGAGGCAGCAACGUGAUGUGUGGAAGACUCUUGCAAAACACAGCAGAAGAAGACCCGGAAGCCCUAGCAGCAGGGUAUUUGACGCUGUGCUAUGGGUCUGCCUUAACCUUGCUGAUCUCCUCUGACGAUUGGCUCCCCUUAGCCACCUUUUGACAUGCAAGGCUUUUACUCCAAGCUCAACUCUUCCCCCUCCUCGUCUCCCCUGCUGGGGGUGGGCCUCAGGGCGGACGGCGCUCGGGUGCCUCUCAGCUUGGCCGUGGAGGCGGAGAAAGCCCAGGCGCUCCUGCAGACGUUCAGCUCCGCCUCUCUGUUGGCUUCRGCCGGACUCGGGGUGUUCUGCGUGGUGGCGGAUCACGCGCUCCAGCUGUCCGCCAUCCAGCAGCACCUGUGGCUGCGUGCUGCCUUGGACAACGCCACGCACGGAUUGGUGGGGCUGUGGUCGUGGGCUGUUGUGAUCGGACUGAGGAAAAAGAGUGAUUUAUAUGAAGUGCUGCUGGCAGGACUUCUGGCAUCCAUUAUAGACUUGGACCAUUUCUACAUGGCUGGAUCUUUGUCUCUCAAGGCUGCCGUGUCGCUGCCCCAGCGGCCUCCUCUCCACUGCUCYUCCCUCAUCCCCGUCAUCUGCCUCACCCUCCGCUUCCUGAUGUGGCUUGGCCGCCUCAAAGACGCUUGGUGCUCGUUGCCAUGGAUGCUCUUCAUUUCCAUGACGUCUCACCACGUGCGGGACGSCGUGCGCCAUGGCCUGUGGGUGUGCCCGUUCGGCAACACGGCGCCCGUCCCCUACUGGCUGUACGUCAGCACCACGGCGACACUUCCGCACCUGUGCUCUGUGCUCAUGUACCUGACGGGAACCAGGGACGUGAUCUCGACCAAACACGGCGUUGCGAUCGACGUGUAGAUGCGUCGGCUAUCCCUGGNAAAA